AUGAUCAGGAAAGGAAUAAAUGACACUGACUUGGAGAAGAUGUUGGAGCACGUGCAACUGACUCACAUUCUGGAAAGGGAAGGAGGCUGGUCGGCAGUGCAGGACUGGAUGGAUGUGUUAUCGGGAGGAGAGAAGCAGAGAAUUGCGGUAAGAACUGAGUGAGAGAGGGUGGAAACAUGAUUUUUCGUAUUCCAGAUGGCUCGUCUCUUCUACCACAGACCUCAGUUCGCCAUUUUGGAUGAGUGCACGUCGGCAGUCAGUGUCGACGUCGAAGGUAUUCCAUUCAUUCUUCCGCGACCUCCCAAUUAAAUCCUUUUUAGGAGCAAUGUACCGUCUGUGCAGAGAGAUGAACAUCACUCUGUUCACAGUUUCGCAUCGAAAGAGUCUCUGGAAAUAUCACGAGUACUCCCUCUACAUGGACGGCCGCGGAUCGUACCGAUUCGAGCAGAUUGACGACCAAUCCGAUCAGUUUGGAUCCUAA